GAGGAUUUUUGGGAGUGGGCGUAUCUAUUGAAGAGCGCUGAGAGUGGGCGUGUCUGUUUUUGGCGGUGGGAGCGCGCAUGCUCAGUACCAUUGGCUGAGAGUGGAGAGCUGAGGCGACCGGAGCGGCGGGGAGGAGUAUCGGGACUUUUCACUGAUGGAGGGGCCUGUGGACAAAGAGGCUCCGGCCCUCACACAACCGCCUGCCCCGCUCUCCUCUCCUAGUGCCGAGAAUGAGGCGGAGAGCCGGCAGGGCCCGGAGGAGAGGAGCGGAGAGAGGGCCGCGCUCAAUUCACUGGAGACGUGUGGUUUGUGCCGGACUCACAUCCAGAGCCGCAGCCCCCGACUUCUCCCCUGUCUCCACUCCCUGUGUCAGCGCUGCCUUCCCCCGCCCGAGAGAUUCCUGAGUGUCUCCGACCCGCGGCCCCCCGACCCCUCGGCCGCCCCCCUGCAAGUUGGGGUUAUUCGCUGUCCCGUGUGCAGUCAGGAGUGCGCCGAAAGGGACAUUAUUGAGAACUUUUUUGUCCGGGACACCACCGAGGUUCCCAGUAGUACCGUUGAGAAACCAAGUCAGCAAGUGUGCACAAGCUGUGAGGACAACGCGGAGGCUCUGGGCUUUUGUGUGGAGUGUGUGGAGUGGUUGUGCAAGAAUUGUGUGCAGGCCCAUCAGAGAGUGAAGUUCACCAAGGACCACACUGUGCGACAGAAGGAAGAAGUCCCGCCUGCAGUUGGAGCCAAUAGCCAGCGGCCGGUCUUCUGCCCUUUCCACAAGAAGGAGCAACUGAAGCUUUACUGCGAGACCUGCGACAAACUCACGUGCAGAGACUGUCAGCUCCAGGAACACAAAGAACACAGGUAUCAGUUUAUAGAAGAAGCAUUUCAGAGCCAGAAAGUCAUCAUGGACACGUUGAUUGCAAAAUUAACGGAGAAGAACAAAUACAUUAAAUUUACCGGAGACCAAAUCCAAAACCGAAUCCUUGAAGUUAAUCAGAACCAGAAGCAGGUGGAACAGGAUAUUAAAGUCGCCGUCUUCACGCUAAUGGUUGAGAUCAACAAAAAAGGCAAAGCCUUACUGCAUCAACUUGAGGCUUUGGCGAAGGAUCGGCGCAUGAAGCUCCUGAAACAGCAGCAUGAAGUAGACGGUCUGUCCAAGCAGCUGGAGCACGGGGUUUAUUUCUCCAAAUGGGCCGUUAACAGCAACAACAGCACUGCUUUACUGUACAGCAAGCGCUUGAUCACUCAUCGCUUAAGGCACUUGCUGCGAGCCAGGUGUGAUGUCACCCCCGUAACCAACACUGUUCAGUUUCACUGUGAUGCCAAUUCGUGGGCUCAGAAUAUAUUUAACCUAGGUUCUCUGGGGAUUGAAGAGGGCGACCCCUCUCAGCAAACGACUCCUAUGGAAGUUCAGAAUACUCAGGGAACCCAACCAGGCAACCAGCUGUCCAAAUUCCCCACCCAAAUCAGCUUGGCUUUCCAAAUGAGGAAAACCAGCAGAUCAGGGGCAUAAUUAGAGAGAUUU